UUGGCUCGGACUGGACUGUGGACGCAACAGGACAGACACACUCAUCACACAACAACUAGCAACAUGCAGAGCAAGCUGGACAUGGCGGGCAAGAAGCCUCCAAAGGCCUUCGUCUUCCCGGUGGCCACCAUCCGCUUGACCUUCGUGAUUGGACUCCUCUUCAUCGCCAUGCCACUGGCUGAAGCAGUGAAGGGCGAGGGACAGACAGAUCACCAGGAUGGACCCCACGACGUGGCCGAGUUGAACAAGACUAUUCAUGGCCUGAUGGGAUAUGUGAAGGAGAUGGCUCAGGAAUUGAAGGAUCUUCUGAUGACAGCAGGCGCGUGCCGUCUGCCGUGGCGUUACCAUGAGGGAGGAUGUUACCUGUUUGUUGACAAUAAGAAGACCUGGCAUGAUGCUGAGAACUACUGCCGAGCCAAUGAUGGACACUUGGCCUCAGUUCCCACCAAAGCCACGUUUGACUUCCUCUACGGUUUGACGGGUAGAAGAUGGAAUACUUGGGUAUGGGUUGGGGGCUACAAAGAGAGCGGUGUGUGGAGAUGGGUUGAUGGUUCCACAUUUAGUGUGAAGAAGGACGGCGAGGGGGACAGCAAGGAUGCUAUAUGGGGACCAGACGCGCCUGAUAACCGGCUUGGUAAAAGAGAUUGUGUGCAGAUGUACUCGGGCGGACUCUUUGAGGGCAACUGCAUUUACAAUCAACAAUUUAUUUGUCAGAAGUUCUGGGGAUGGUCUCGGCUGUGUGAUCCGGCUGCUCCUUCAAAGACGUCGGCACGAAAGAUCACCACUCUGCCUUCAAUUCAGUUGCUUGAAUGAAUGCUAAUCAUCAUGGACGAGCACAUGAUCCCUAACAACCUGCACGACGCCAAUUUGCAAACUAAAGCUCGUCCUGUUUGCAGUUGAGGAGCUAACACAAGCCAUCACACAGAAAAUAAUCAUUCACAUUUUUAUUCAACCUCACUGACUCAGUUAUUGAAAUUGGCUGAUCUUCUACAUUAGCCAGCAGCUAAAAUGAUGCACACAGCAAAUAGCAAGCUGCUAUCUGACAGGACAAAUAGAAACACACCUAAAACACAACAUCAGUCAUAAAGUUAAAGAAAAAUGUGUCAUCUGACCAUAAAAAGUUAGUUACGAGAUGAGAAUGAUUACGGGAAUAAGGACAAAAUUCUGAGAAGAAAAUGUACAAGAAGAAAGUUAGAAAAUGAAACAAACAAUGGCAUUUUAACAAGAAAAAGGUUUGUUUUACAAAGUUAAAUGAUGUCAUUUCAUUGUAAUUUUCUCUGUAAUUUGGGUUUGGAAUGUGGGAGUAAAAUAUUAGAAAAAAUCUGACAAAUGAUUCAACAAGAAAGUUGAAAUGGUUAGAAAAAUAAAAAGGACCAAGAGUGAAGGUGAUAUGAACGAUGGGCUUUUUCACCUCGACCACAAAGCUGGCAUGCACUUUCUUGGUGAAAGAUAUACAAGUGGGCAUCUCUGUGUGGAGUUUGCAUGUUCUCCC